AUGGCGGCCCAACUGCCAAGCGCAGCCGCCUCCGCAAAAGAGGCCGCCGCGUGGGCGGACGCGCUGGACGUCGACGACUCCGACCUCCACCACAACCUCCCUUCCUCCUCCGUCCCGCUCCGCCCCUCCACCACCUCUCACCACCGCCCUCCCCACCGGCGCAUCCCCGGGCCCGCCUCCGCCGUCCAGGACGCGAUGCGCCUCCGCUCCCCCUUUUCUUCCGUCCCCGCGGUUCGCGCAGACGGCCAGGCCGCGGACACCGACUUCCAGCUCGACUCGUGGCUCCGGGCGCUACAGGACCUCGGUGAUGCCCGCGGGUGGAAGCAGCCAGGCAUCGGGAAGAUCCGAGUCGACCGGGCGUUAGAUCGAGCGUGUCGGGUCGUGGGGAUGGUGACAAUGUGCACACCAAAUGGAUUCGGCGAUCUCAUGCUGAAUAUGAAGGACCCAUCUGGUACUAUUGAUGCAUCAGUUCACAAGAAAGUUCUCUCAAAUGAAAACAUUUCCAAGGGUUUAUCAGUUGGGUCUGUCAUUAUUCUCAAACAGGUCGCUGUUCUUCGCCCAUCUAACACAGUGUGCUAUCUGAAUGUUACCCAGAAAAAUAUUGAAAAGGUACUGAAAAAGGACAGUGUCACCCCAUGUAAGCAAGUAGCUCCAUCAAGUAAUUCUGAAAGGCAAAGCCAACAGCCUGGCCAAGGAGAUAGCAUGGAAAGGGAAGCUGGAGCUGAAACAUCUGAUGGAAUGACAUCGAUCCUCAGUAAGAUCUCGAGGACCAAGGAGAGUCCGAUGGCCGAGUUACUUUCUGAUAAUGGUGUUAACAGUAGUAUUUUGAGAAGGAACAAAGAUACUCAUGGUGUACAAAAUCACCAUGAGAAACUGUUCGAGCAAAUGGAUUUAAGUUCUCAAAUACAGAAUUCACCAGGCUCCAGUUCCAGUCAGCGGCUGCAGAAGAUUAUUCACAGCAUGAAUCCAGCUAAUUGCCAGGUUAAACAAGGAGGAAGUGCACCCAAAUGUGGAAUAAGCAGUGAAGCUCAAAGGUCAACUGAUGACGUAAUGAGGAAACUCAUAGGUGUUGAUACAAUGAAGCCCGUUAGCAAGGAUAUAACUGUUGCUGAGGGAUCUCGUCAUAAUCGUGGAACACCUGAUGCAAGCAUGGAUGCCGAUGCUAGGUGUAGGUCAGAAAAUCCUCAGGAGAUUGGACUUCAAAAGAUGGUAGAAGGCCACUCCCUCGGGCAUGUAUCAAACAGCAACAGGGAUGAGCGCCAGCAGCAAAACCCAAGUGCAAAUACAAGAUGUUCACAAUCUAUUUUAGGUGAAAGCUCAGUCAUGGGUCCAAGCACAGAUUCUACCCAAGCUUCUUGUACUGGAAACCUGAGGCGACUCUCUGAUGAUGAAUGGAUGCACCCUAGUCGGAAAAAACAAAAGAGUGAUGCAAUAGUUUCUGAUGGCAAUGGUGCAAAAAUGAAUGACAACAUUAACACUUCAAGCAUGGACAAUAGUCUGAACAUAGGUCUGGAUGAUAUAACAGAAGGUUUCCAUGGCAAUCACAGUUCGAUCAGGAAAUUCGAGCAUCAGCAAAAGGACCUCCAUGCUGCAAGUGCGGGUACUCUCCAGCCAACUCAAGAAAAUUGCUCUAUAUCUGCCACCAGUGGAACAUCGCUCUCCAAUCAUAAGAUGGUUUCAGUUGCUCCUGUAGCAGAAUGGACUGAUGAGCAGCUUUCUGAACUUUUUGCUGACUACUGACAUCGGGGGUGCAUAUUUCAUCUAGUGGUUGGCUAGUUUUGUAAUCAUCUCAAGGGUGUGACAAAGCUAUGCAGAACUCACACAGUUUUACG